AUAUAUAUAUAUAUCAGACCCCUUUAAUGUUUUAACCACUGCAACCUAUAGGGCUAGAAAAAUAUAGUGGAUCGAAGUACGUACAAUCAUGAAAAGAUCAACAAUUAGCAGCUGCUUUCAUGCAUAUUCUCUGAUAAUGAUGUUGAUUUGCUUUGCGCUGUGCUUGGUCGCAACGUCCCAACUAACCACGGAUUUCUAUGCAAAAACUUGUCCGAAUCUUGCGAAAAUUGUGCGCAAGGGGAUCCAAAGUGCCAUUAAGACUGAAAUGCGGAUGGGUGCUUCUUUGGUUCGCCUUCAUUUCCAUGAUUGCUUUGUGAAUGGUUGUGAUGGAUCGGUACUGCUGGAUGGAAGUGAUAGUGAGAAGCUUGCACUUCCGAAUUUGAAUUCAGCAAGAGGAUUCGAAGUGAUCGACGCAAUCAAAAGCUCCGUUGAGAGUGAAUGUAGUGGAGUUGUAUCAUGCGCUGAUAUACUAACCUUAGUUGCCCGAGAUUCUAUCCUCUUAAGCGGAGGACCAACAUGGAAGGUUUCAUUGGGAAGAAGAGAUGGAUUGGUGGCAAACCAGACAGGAGCGAAUGUAUCGCUUCCAUCUCCAUUUGAUACUCUGGAUGCAAUCAUUUCAAAGUUUAGGGUUGUAGGACUCAACAUCACAGACGUGGUGUCUUUGUCAGGAUCUCACACUAUUGGAUUCGCCAAGUGCGCCACUUUCAGCAACAGAUUGUUCGACUUCAAUGGAACAGGCAGUCCUGAUGCUUCCUUGGAAUCCACCAUGGCUGGUGAGCUUCAGACCCUAUGCCCUCUCAAUGGAGACCUAAACAAGAUCGCCCCUCUCGAUCGCAACUCCGUCGAUCUAUUCGACAACCACUACUUCAAGAACUUGCUCAACAAUAAGGGCCUUCUUGGUUCUGACCAACUCCUUUAUUCCAGUGAAUUAGCCCCAUCCACAACCAAAAGUCUGGUUGAAAGCUAUAGCAGCGACAUGAAUCUUUUCAUUACCGACUUUGUUAAUUCCAUGAUCAAGAUGGCCAAUAUAAGUCCUCUCACUGGGACUGCUGGCGAGAUUCGGAAGAACUGCAGGGUUGUUAAUUCAUGAUCAUGACUUGCAGCUUAAGAAAUCCAGAGAGACACAAUUUACAUCCUAUAUAUAUGUAUAUAUAUAUAGAUCAAUACCAAUACUGUAUGCAUUGUUAAUUAAGUUCCACUAAAAUAAUAAUUAAUUAAUUACUGCGUUUGUUGUAAUAAAAAUUAACUUGUACUUCUACUGUUUGUGUGGCCACCAUAUUAUCCAUAUAUGUGGUUAUCUUGUUAACUCGUGAUUGGAAGUGUGCUAUGUGUUGGCCUGCCAAUUAAUUGAGUA